CCCGUGCAGCACGGGCUGGGCGUGGGUUUCAGUAUUGCUCCUGUAGCAGCAGGAGGGAGGUAGCUCCGAUGGACCGGCCUCGCAGCUCCAGAAAAUGAAAUGUCACUUAAUUUGCCCCUGACUGUGCUUGAUAUUUGAUCCGGCUUCUACUAAAGCGUUCUGAGCUCUGGAGAGGAAGACAGCUGCUGAAAGCAUUUCAUGGUCGCUCCAAAGGAGACCCCGCCGGCGCCUGCCGAGAAGAGGUUAAUUCCAGCUUUCCCAGAGCCAGCCAGAAGAGUGGGUGGAAAAAAAGCACUUGAAGAGAACUGAAGAUUUGCACUGAGCUGUGGGUUGCUUCAGUGGGGAGAGGAGCUAUCUAAGCCAGAAAGAUGCGUGAGUACACCGAAAAGAAGGAAACAUGCGGGACCAUCUGUCUCAAGUACUUGCUCUUCAUCUUCAACUUCUUUUUCUGGCUGGCUGGUGGGGCGGUGAUGGCAGUGGGCACCUGGACCCUGGCUGAGAAGAGUGACUACAUCAGCUUGCUCUCCUCCAGCACGUAUUCAGCAACAGCUUAUAUUCUGGUGGUGGCAGGGGUGGUUGUGAUGGUUACCGGCAUCCUUGGCUGCUGCGCCACCUUCAAAGAGCGUCGGAAUCUGCUCAGAGUGUACUUCAUAUUGUUGCUGUGCAUCUUUCUCCUGGAGAUCAUUGCUGGAAUCCUGGCGUAUAUCUACUACCAGCAGCUGAGUAUGGAGCUGAAGCAAAACCUGAAGAACACCAUGACCCAGAAGUACCGCAAGGAGGGAGAAGAGAGCGUUACCAACGCAGUGGACAAACUGCAGCAGGAGUUCAAGUGCUGUGGGAGCAACAACUACACGGACUGGGCUGACAGCGUGUGGAUCAGGUCCUCCGAGGCCAGUGGACGGAAAGUCCCAGACAGCUGCUGUAAGACGAUAACUGACCUGUGUGGCCGAAGGGACCAUCCUUCCAACAUCUACAAAGAGAACGGUUGUAUUACCAAGCUGGAAAACUUCAUUCAAGAGCAUCUGAAAAUCAUCGGUGCGGUGGGGAUCAGCAUCGCUUGUGUGCAGAUCUUUGGGAUGAUUUUCACCUGCUGCUUGUACAGGAGUUUGAAGCCGGAACCAUAUUAAUAGCUGUGGGAACUCCGUCAGCUCCCCCUCUGCCACUCCCUUAGUGCCUGCCAACCUCACUACCCUCCACCAUCACCACAGAAGAGUCUGCAACCUGAGGACUUGGCUCUACCCUUAAAUGCCUCUCCAACAGCCUCACCUGCCCCUUCAGGGGAAAGUCGCCCUCCUCGUUGUGUACAAGGCAGCCAGGAGUUCAGUGGGUCCUCUUCAUUGGCAAGAAGCAAGAGCUGCGGGUCUUCUGCUGGAAGCUUUAGCAACAGUCCCUUGAUUAUAACUACAAAGCAAGAUUUAUCUAGGGCCAUUUCUCCAGGGGCUCUUCCUGAGCAUAUACGAAGGUAUCGGGAUGCUGCACAAGAGCCACGGUUUGCUCUCUGAGAAGUGGCUCAGCAGCACCGGGCAUUGACUGUGAGGACAGAUGAUGUUUCUGCGCUGGGCUGGAGCCAGAGCUGAGUCUCUCAUACAGCAGAGAUUUCUCUCUCCCCCUCUGCGUGUGCGCUGAAGUCCUAACACAGCUGGUCUCCGUAUGAGAGGAUGCAUGCCUGGUUGCUUGCUGCAGGAACUGCGCUCUCUGCUGCUCGGGAACACAACUUGGUGCGGCUGAAACCUUGUCACAACUCCAAUGCUGCCACAAUGUGGGUGCCUUAGGAUUUCUCAGCAAUCCUUCCUUCUCUUCCUUGAAGCUUCCCUGCAACACAGUGCCAUCGGGAACCACGAGAAGCCUGCUGCCUCCUUGGGUUCUAAAUCAAAGACAUUUGGCUACUUUCUAAUUCUUUUAGGUCUGGUUUAGGUAGUGGCUUCCAGUGUGAAUGAGAAAACUCUCGGUUGUUUCUUGCCUACCCCCUGCUGAGGUUUGGUGAAGAGCUGGUCUGCCUGUGGAGCUGAGGUGUCUCGCUACCACUUGGCCUGUUUGGUUCCUGCAAAGACCUUACCAUGUCUCUUGCAUGUUGAGGCACACCCUGGGCUCGACGGUCUAAUUAAAACCUUCAGGCUUGUUCUCUCUUGGGUGGGAAAUGAAUAUAUACAAAUGUUGUAGCAGCCUCCAAGGAGCUCAUUAAUCAGAUGAGGGUUUUCUGGCUUUAAUGAGAUCUAGAAGCCAGCUUUCCAGACCAUCCCAGCAGUAACCAUUAGAGUCAGCUUCACCCAGUCGCCCCAGUGUAUUUGGUAAAUAGUGCUGGGUUUAACUGCCUGAUUAAUUAAAUAGAUCUAAUUAACUAUUAUUUCUGCACUGGGAUCCUGGAUACAUACAGGACAAUGACAUGACUGUUGCCAUUGACUUAGUGCCACUGUCAUGCCAGCCUGAUUUCAUAGGAUCUUCUGUGUCUCUCCUGUCCCGGGGGUUUGGGUUGUUUUCUUCCUAAUUGUCCUGGAAAGGGUUCUCAUUGGGAAUCUUGUUCCAGGCCUACUGGGAUGGUGAAAACAACCCUGAAGCAGAAAGGGCUGCAUGGAUUUGAGGUUUCUAGGCACUGAAGACAAGCCCUUUUAUGAGCUAAGUAAUUUAUUCACUCUCCUGGCCUUUUGGUGUUGCCCUGUCCCUUGGCAGCAGGCAGUUAACACCUGCAAAGUCACCCAGAGCCCUAAAGGGGCUUGCAGCGUUGUGGGGGUUUUGAUUCACAGAGCAGAAAUCCAGGACUGGCUCCUACGGGGGGGGUGAAGGGUGACAAGUUAAAAUUCUGAGCAGGUAAAUCUGAAACUCCCCCAUCAACAUCGGCACCGUGAAAUAAUCCUUAACACUAAUGCGAAAAGAGAGGCGGAGGAGCUGAGCUGGAUCCUUGGUCCCACAGCAGUGGGAAAGAGGGGAAAGAAAUCUAAAUUAUUGUGUAAUGAUCUAAAGGAGAAACCUCUAAAUUAUUUCUUGUUUUAUAUUCAGGUUCCUGACAAGUAUUGACUACUAACUACGAGGAAAAUAUUGAGCAUGUUGCUUGAAGCAAUAUUUCUAGUUUCUUAAGCAUAUCUUCUUAGCUGCCUUUGCCUGUUCCCUUGAAAUACGUUGUACAGGGUUGGGAGAGGCCAGGAAGAAUGAGAUAGGAACAGCAAGUUGGCUUGUGUCCACUGAGUCGUUUUAUACUUUUUCUCUGUGUAAUAAUAUUCAUUGCUUUUUUUUUUUUUUUUAACCCAGUUUAAGUUGCUGGCCAAUAGGAAAAUAAAGCUUACGAUUCUGUACUUAC